AUGGUGAUGAUGAUAAGACUGAAAACGAUGAGGCACUGCACAACCACCACCACUGGUACAGGGAGGAGUGUAGAGUCCAUUAAAUGGUCUACUGUGGGAAGAUACAGAGUCGAUGUAGCAUCAUUCGAAUCAUUAGCUUUGCCUGAGUUACAGGUUCGUUUAACUUCAUCUCUAAUUUCUCAGUUGAUGAGGCCUAAGGUCGCCAUCGCCACAAUAACCACUGGACUGGAAGCAACAAAUGUACAACCCUCAAAAUUGAAGAGAUUUGUUGUUGGUGGUGGUGGUGAGCUAGUUGGAGAUGUUGUUGACCAGUGGUUAUCAGAUCGAUGGAGAAGAAGAAAGGGUGGGAAAGAAGAUCGAUGA